AGCUGGAAAACAUGGGGAAAGCUUCUCGAUGUGGCAAUCUGAUGAAUGAGUUAAGGUUCCUGAAAAGAAUUUUGCCUCCAAUUGAGGAGCUUGUUUAUAUUGCUUUCCUUAGGAGAGGGAUGGAUCUCACGGAUUAAUGCAACACACCGUCAUUCAGUAUGCGGAAAAUGUUUGUAUAUAUUCUUAAAAUGUCUUCAUCUGUAUACUUUUGCCUGUCUUUCUACUCUUGGAAAUCUUUUUUUUGAUGGUUUUUCUCCGUUUUCAAUUCUAAAAUAUUGUAUACACAUUGAAGCUCUCAAAUUGUGAGAUUCCAUAUCAUUGCUCGGCUCAUUCUCUCGCCCAAGAUGCGUCUCAUAAUUGCUUCAACAAUAGCACUUUUCUCCUCCCUCAUAGCUGCGAAAGGACAUCGUGGCUCUGAUGUUGUUCCCGCUCCUCCCCGUAGCAAUCAUAAGACUUGCACGGUUCAUCCCCUCGGAAACCAUACAGACGAUACUCCUCAAAUCCUCAAGGCAUUUACAGAUUGUAAUCAUGGCGGAACCGUCGUAUUUCCCAAAAACAAAGAGUAUUGGAUCGCGACAAGAUUAAACCCAAUAAUUUACGAUGUAACGAUUGAUUGGCAAGGAAUUUGGACUUUGUCGGAUAAUCUCACAUAUUGGCGAAAUAAUUCCUAUCCCGUCGCAUUCCAAAAUCACGCUGCUGGUGUUGUCUUUACAGGAGAUCGUAUUCAUAUUAAUGGAAAAAGUACUGGUGGUAUCAAUGGUAAUGGAAAUGCUUGGUACAAUGCCGAGAAAGCAGUUACGCAGCCAGGACGACCUAUGCCUUUUGUCUUCUGGAAUGUUAGUGAGGUGUUCGUCGAACAUUUUUCGAUAAAGGAUUCUCCUCUCUGGGCAAUCAACAUCAUGAACGGUACUAAUAUGUGGUUUAACGAUAUGCUCGCCAACUCGACCGCCUUAAAAGUACCAUAUGGAACGAACUGGGUCCAGAAUACCGAUGGCUUUGAUACUAUGGAUGCGAACAACGUCAAAUUAACCAAUUUCUGGUAUCAGGGAGGCGACGAUUGUAUUGCCAUUAAACCAAGAUCUUAUAAUAUUUGGGUUCAAAAUGUCACAUGCCACGGCGGCAACGGAAUCGCAAUUGGUUCUCUCGGUCAAUACGUCGAAGACUCGUCCGUCGUAAACGUUACUGUAAAAGACGUUAAUAUCAUCUCCUACAAUCUUGACAUGCACAACACCGCAUACAUCAAAACAUGGAUAGGUUUCCAAGCUCCACAAAGCGGAUACGAAAGUGCAGGUCUCCCCCGAGGCGGCGGCUGGGGUAACGUAAGCUCUCUCCUCUUCGAAAACUUCCACAUCGAAGGCGCCGCCAUCGCAGCCGGCAUCUCCCAGGAUUCUGGAAACAACGGUUCCUACGCCGGCACUUCCAAGUUUCUCAUCUCCGACAUCACGUUCCGCAAUUUCACGGGAUAUUUGACUGGUGCGAAAGGAAACAGAACGGCGAGUGUUAGUUGUAGUAAGGUGUAUCCGUGCUAUGGAAUUGAGUUUGAGGAUUUCAUGGUCGCCUAUGCGCAGAAUGUGACGGCGGCGAAUGCGACGGGGACGUGUAGUAUGGUUGCGAAGGAUGGAGUGGAGGGAAUGCUGGGGAGUGGAUGUUAGUGGUGAUGAAGGGGGUGGUUGCUGUUUUUAAAUAAUGCGAUUUGCGUCUGUGACUAGGAAUAUAAGUUUCAAUCAAAUUUGAUAUAUUGGCUUGCUAUGGAUGUACUGAGAUACUCCAAAGACUCAACCAGGUACUUGUUAUACUCUUCGCUCACAUUUGUCCUUGAUGUAGUAUUGUGAU